UCUGGAGGGAGACGCACCUUUCUCCUGCUCGCUUCCUCUCCGCCCACCCGCGCUCCCUCCCCCUGCCUACCUGUCGAAGUCGCUGAUCUUUCGCAUUUCGGAAGAGGACGUCAGCGGAGGAACCCCGGCUCCGAGGGGGCGGCGUGCGGGAGGCUCCCGGGGCCGAGGCGACGGGUAUUGGUGCCGGAAGAAAAGAAUGAUUGACGGGAAACAGACACCGGGCUAUAGACACUCAUCCUUUCGCUUCGGAUACUGACAUCUCAGCGUGCCUGAGCAUCCCCUGUGAGCUGAGCACAUUGAGGAUCGCUCAGGGUUGUCGGGUGAGCGACAACGGAAGAGCCACCACUUUGCUAGAUUAUUCUCUACAACUGGACAUCUUUUACAGAAACCAAACUACACCCGAGUCUAUUUAACAAAUAUGUUCUAGGACAAAGAAAGAGCUGCAAGUAGCUGUUACCGCCUAACACUCAAGUAUGUUAGGCUUCCGCCAAAGUCCUCAGUAUACCUGAACACGCACAGUAUUCUAACCCUUCACAUUUGCUUUUGGAAUCUGCUUUGCGGUCCCAUCCUCUUCUUUGUUUUUAAUAUACAGACCUACCUACAUAUAGACAUAUAUAUAUAUAUGUCUCUGUAAAAUAGAAACAUCACAGACUGCUUUAGUUUCCUCGAAGAUUAUAAAGAAUUUAGAGAUGUAUUUGUCAAGAUUCCUCUCGAUUCAUGCCCUUUGGGUUACAGUGUCCUCAGUGAUGCAGCCCUACCCUUUGGUGUGGGGACAUUAUGAUGUGUGUAAGACUCAGAUUUACACAGAAGAAGGGAAAGUUUGGGAUUACAUGGCCUGUCAACCGGAAUCCACGGACAUGACAAAAUAUCUGAAAGUGAAACUGGACCCUCCGGAUAUUACCUGUGGAGACCCUCCUGAGACAUUCUGUGCAAUGGGCAACCCCUACAUGUGCAAUAACGAGUGUGAUGCAAGCACCCCCGAGCUGGCACACCCCCCUGAGCUGAUGUUUGACUUUGAAGGAAGACACCCCUCCACAUUCUGGCAGUCUGCCACUUGGAAGGAGUAUCCCAAGCCUCUCCAGGUUAACAUCACUCUGUCUUGGAGCAAAACCAUUGAGCUCACAGACAACAUAGUCAUUACCUUUGAAUCGGGGCGUCCAGACCAAAUGAUCCUGGAGAAGUCUCUCGAUUAUGGACGAACAUGGCAGCCCUAUCAGUACUAUGCCACAGACUGCUUAGAUGCUUUUCACAUGGAUCCUAAAUCCGUGAAGGAUUUAUCACAGCAUACGGUCUUAGAAAUAAUUUGCACAGAAGAGUAUUCCACAGGGUAUACAACAAAUAGCAAAAUAAUCCACUUUGAAAUCAAAGACAGGUUCGCGUUUUUUGCUGGACCUCGGCUACGCAAUAUGGCUUCCCUCUACGGACAGCUGGAUACCACCAAGAAGCUCAGAGAUUUCUUUACAGUCACAGACCUGAGGAUAAGGCUGUUAAGACCAGCCGUUGGGGAAAUAUUUGUAGAUGAGCUACACUUGGCACGCUACUUUUACGCGAUCUCAGACAUAAAGGUGCGAGGAAGGUGCAAGUGUAAUCUCCACGCCACCGUGUGUGUGUACGACAACAGCAAAUUGACGUGCGAAUGUGAGCACAACACUACAGGUCCAGACUGUGGGAAAUGCAAGAAGAAUUAUCAGGGCCGACCUUGGAGUCCAGGCUCGUAUCUCCCCAUCCCCAAAGGCACUGCAAAUACCUGUAUCCCCAGUAUUUCCAGUAUUGGUAACUGUGAAUGCUUCGGCCACUCCAAUCGAUGCAGUUAUAUCGAUCUGCUAAAUACAGUCAUUUGCGUGAGCUGUAAACACAACACUAGAGGGCAGCACUGUGAGUUAUGCAGGCUGGGCUACUUCAGAAAUGCUUCUGCACAGCUGGACGAUGAGAAUGUGUGCAUAGAGUGUUAUUGUAACCCUUUGGGCUCGAUCCAUGAUCGUUGUAAUGGCUCAGGAUUUUGUGAGUGUAAGACUGGAACGACAGGGCCUAAGUGUGAUGAGUGUCUGCCGGGAAAUUCCUGGCACUACGGCUGUCAACCGAACGUCUGCGACAACGAGCUCCUGCACUGCCAGAACGGAGGGACCUGCCACAACAACGUGCGCUGCCUGUGCCCGGCCGCAUACACGGGCAUCCUCUGCGAGAAGCUGCGGUGCGAGGAGGCCGGCAGCUGCGGCCCCGGCUCCGGCCAGGGCGCGCCCCCUGGCGGCUGCCCCGCGCUGCUGCUGCUGCCGCUGCUGCCCGCGCUGCUGGGGACGGCCGGCGCCCCGGGGCUCUAGCUUCGCGUCCAGCCACCGGACAGGCCCGUGCCGCGGGGAAGCAAACACAGCCCGAGCAUUUGCUACUAACACAGGAAACAUACACACGCAGACAGCCCCAGUCACACAGUGUACAAACUAAGAAGGCCUAGCCGCACUAAGCCAUAUUUACCAGCCGUGGACAGCACAUCCGAGUCAAGACUGUUAAUUCUCUGACUCCAGAGGAGUUGGCAGCUGUUGAUAUUAUCACUGCAAAUCACAUUGCCAGCUGCAGAGCAUAUUGUGGAUUGCAAAGGCUGUGACAGCCCCCCAAACAGGAAAGACAAAAAACAAACAAAUCAACCAACCUAAAAACAUUUGCUACUCUAGGUGGUGCACCCUCGUACCACUCUGCCCAGUGUGUGGACCGACCAAAUAGCACUCUUCGCUGUCAGGUGCAUUGUGGGCAUAAGGAAACUGUUACAAGCUGCCAUAUUGGCCUGCUUCAGCCCCCGAACCCCUUCCAACCUGUGCUUUAGUGAACGUUGCUCUGUAACCCUUGUUGGUUGAAAGAUUUCUUUGUCUGACGUUAGUGAUGCACACGUGUAACAGCCCCCUCCAGAAGCGCAAGCCAGUCAUAGCCCCGUAUAUCCUAGCGGCACUGAGCCCCCAGUGCGAGCACACACCCACUACACAAGAGUGGCCACAGGAAAAAAGAAAGUGUAUCUAUCCUUUUGUAUUCAAAUGAAGUUAUUUUUCUUGAAAUACUGUAAUAUGUAGAUUUUUUGUAUUAUUGCCGAUUUGUGUUACCAGACAAUCUGUUAAUGUAUCUAAUUCAAAUCAGCAAAGACUGACAUUUUAUUUUGUCCUCUUUUGUUCUGUUUUGUUUCAUUGUGCAGAGAUUUCUCUGUAAGGGCAACGAACGUGCUGGCAUCAAAGAAUAUCAGUUUACAUAUAUAACAAGUGUAAUAAGAUUCCACCAAAGGACAUUCUAAAUGUUUUCUUGUUGCUUUAACACUGGAAGAUUUAAAGAAUAAAAAUUCCUGCAUAAAC